AUAUAUACAUACACUUCAAAUAUACACACCUAUAAAUAGUAUUUUAUAUAUGGGUUGUUACUCGUGAUCUGUGCAUAGUCUACGUGACUUUCUUGGUGGGUUUGGUGUUUACUUCAAUUAUUGAUCAUACCCAUAUUUCAAGAUUGAUUUUUUCAUCAUAAAAAUUUCAUCUUUAUUUUGUAUAUAUAAAAAGGAUUGUGUUUCAAGAACUGUGUGGGUGGAUGGGUGUGUAUUAAUAAUGCUUUGAAGAUGGAGUUAUUAUCUAGAGUGUGGAUUGGUGUAUAAUUGCAGGUUGCUUUAAAAAGCUGCUCUGUUUUAUUUCUUCUUACUUUUUGAAGAAUUUUAGAUAGUAAAGGUUUUGAACUUUUAAUUUGUCAAGGAAUUAAUGGGGAAGUACUUGUGACAACAAUGGAUCCCCAAGCUUUUAUCAGAUUGUCAAUAGGUUCACUUGGAUUAAGGUAUCCUGAAAAACCAGGAAUCAAUGCUUUCUCUUCUCCAUGUACAUGUGAGAUUCGUCUUCGAGGUUUCCCAGCUCAAAUUGCGUCAAUUCCACUCCUAUCAUCACCUGAAGCUACACCAGAUUCUCAUAACAUUUCCUCAAGUUUUUACCUUGAAAAAUCUGAUUUGAAAGCAUUACUUACACCUGGGUGUUUCUAUACUUCCCAAGCAUGUUUAGAAAUUGUUGUGUUCACGGGUCGUAAAGGGUCACACUGUGGAGUUGGGGUCAAGCGGCAGCAGGUUGGGACAUUCAAAUUGGAUGUUGGGCCCGAAUGGGGUGAAGGUAAACCAGUUAUUCUUUUCAGUGGGUGGAUAGGUAUUGGGAAGAUGAAACAAGAGACAAGAAAAUAUGUUGCUGAGCUGCAUUUACGGGUCAAAUUAGAUCCUGACCCCAGAUAUGUUUUUCAGUUUGAAGAUGAAACGAAACUGAGUCCUCAGAUUGUGCAGAUUCAAGGGAACAUUAAGCAGCCGAUUUUCAGUUGCAAGUUUAGUCAGGACAGGGUUCAGCAGGUAGACCCGUUAAACAAUUAUUGGUCAAGUUCAGUUGAUGGCUCAGACCAAGAAACAGAGCGAAGAGAAAGGAAAGGGUGGAAAGUGAAGAUUCAUGAUUUAUCAGGUUCGGCUGUGGCAGCUGCAUUUAUGACCACACCUUUUGUUCCUUCAUCAGGCUGUGAUUGGGUUGCCCGGUCGAACCCGGGUUCAUGGUUAAUCGUCAGACCUGAUGCCUUCAGGCCUGAGAACUGGCUCCCAUGGGGUAAACUCGAGGCAUGGCGUGAACGUGGUGGCACUAAAGACUCCAUUUCCAUUCGUUUCCAUCUUUUAUCAGACGGACAAGAUGGUGGAGAGCUCCUAAUGUCUGAAAUACUCAUAAAUGCUGAAAGGGGCGGUGAGUUUUUUAUAGAUACAGACCGUCAAGCUACUUCUAACUCUAAUAUCCCAAGCCCGCAAAGCAGUGGUGACUUUGCUGGAUUAAGCCCGUCUGCAAGCGGGUUUGUUAUGAGCUGCAGGGUUCAAGGAGAAGGGAAAAGGGGGAAACCUAUGGUUCAGCUAGCAAUGAGACAUGUAACUUGCGUGGAGGAUGCUGCAAUCUUUAUGGCUCUAGCCGUUGCAGUUGAUCUGAGUAUUGAGGCUUGCAAGCCAUUUAGAAGAAGGCUUAGGAGGGGAAACCGCCAUUCUUGGUGACGUGUUCAUGCCUUAAAAGUUAAAAUCUAUUUUAGAUUGGACUAACGAAGCUCACUAUCUUUUACUUCUCCUGAUUGCUGUAAUGUCUCUGACAUAUUUGUACAGGAUUUCGAUCACUUGUUUCUACUUUGAAAAAACUAUUCUCUUAGGAACUAAUUUAAAGUUGCAAACUAUUGAAAAGCUCUUUACAUCAAA